AUGCCUUUCUAUCUUCCUGAAGAUGAUGCCGUGGCUAAACUUGAAGUAUUUGGAAACGGUACUGCUUUAAACCAAAGUUGUAAUAUUUUUGCUAUUCCAAAUGGCUACUUACAGAUUUCUCCUUCUAAGGAGCAAUUAGGUCUCACUCAGCCUUGCUUUUACCUCAACAACUGCGCAGAUUAUCUAACAUCCGAAGUGGCUUACUAUCCAGUUUACCAAUUUCUCUCUGCCAAUAAUUUUCUAUCCAUCGCAAAAGACGGUAUUGGAGUUGGCAAUGUUGCUUUGAGCUACGUCAUUAGUAGUGUGACAGUGGCCGCUUGGAUGCUUGUACUCGUUCUUAUUUUGAGUCGUAACCAUAAACCAUUUACCUGCAAGUUUUGUGCCCUCGUUUAUGGUAUCACGAUGACGGUUGUUUUGGCCCGAAGUACCGCAGUUUUUCGAAAACAACAUGGCCUUGGUAUCCAAGAUACACGCAAGUUUUACAAGACGGUACUGGGAGGAUUGAGUUAUAAUAUCACUAUGAUCUUAAGUGAAUUUUUUACAUGGAUUGCCUGGGUAGAUAUACUGCGAAGGAUUUAUCCCACUCAUUUUCGCCGCCCCGUUUACUAUAGUGGGACUGUUAUUGUCGGUAUAUGGCUUUUAAUCUCCAGUCUAGAUCGUUUCUAUUACAGCUCGAGACAUGAAACAAGGAAUCAAUCCUUUAUUUCCAUUGUCUCGGCUGUCUUGAGUGGAGUUAUUUAUUCCAUAUUUUCAAUAAUGAUGCUAGUCUAUCUAUUUCAUUUCAAGGGUCAUAUAAUUGCCCGAAACAAGUCCAAGUUGGCAGCUCAAUUAUGUUUGAACGUGGCUGAUAUUGGCAUUACCGUGACGUUCUUUAUUAUGUAUCGAACCUCGACAAAUCUUGACGCCUGGUCGUCAUUUGUCUAUACAUUUACCCAAGUGCUCUCAGUAGCUCUGAUAUGGGAGUUAUGCUAUGAUAUUGAACGUCUUGAACGUACAGAUGAGCACAUGGCUGUGAUUGGGCGUCAGGUAGAUGAUUCCCUUCCAGAAGGUGACAUUACUGCAACUCAAGAUCUACCUAAGGCUCACAAAUUCCGGCCCUGGGUUUCAUUCUUGGAUCGAUUCUUUCCUCUCAAAGAGCACCACCGCAUAAUGAUAGAGUACGAACAGCAAGUGCAACACUCAGGUACAGCUACUUACCCCCCUAGUUCCUCAUCUCAAUUUGAACUACAAGACCUCGGCCACUGUUUAGACGACAAUAGUCAAGUCCAGAGCCAAGUGGCCAGUGAUCAGGUGAUAGCGGAAUUUCCCGAGGCUGCAUCGUACUCUCAUUCACAAGGUGGGUCUUAUACUCAAUUCAGCAACGAUGAAUCUUUUUCAAGACAAUCGGGCUGGAGCGGAGUACGACCUGCCUUAUCUAGUCUAAGGGACCAUAUUUUUAACAAUUACAAGAAGUGA